GGACGUCUUUUAGUGAGACACGAGGAAGUGGUAGCCGAGUACUUCUGGUUUUGCUAUUGGCGCUUGAAACCUCCGAAAUAACUUUAAUUUAAACGCACACGACACAAUGUCUUCAGACUUCGAAGCCUACGAGCAAGACUUUGGAACAGUUACGGCGGAAAUUACCAACAAAAUCGGCAGAAUUCCCAAGCUGGGUGGAGAGGAGAAGACUCAGCUGGUUCUAAAUGUCGACAAACAGCUUGAAGAAGUCAGAGAGUUGUUGGAGCAGAUGGACCUGGAGGUGCGGGAGAUCCCCGUCCAGAGCCGUGCCAUGUACAACAGUCGCCUGAAGAGCUACAAGCAGGAGGUGGAGAAGCUGGAGAAGGACUUUAAAAGGUCACGUAUCGCCUACAGUGACGAGGUGCGCAAUGAGCUCCUGGGGGACGACGCCAGCUCCUCGGAGAGCCAGUUGAUAAAGUUACGCGAAGAGAGAGCGCAUCUGUUGGACAACACAGAGAGGCUGGAAAGGUCAUCGCGACGACUAGAGGCCGGCUACCAGAUUGCGGUGGAAACCGAACAAGUGGGCCAAGAGAUUCUCUCCAACCUCCACACCGACCGCGAGAAGAUCCAGCGGGCCAGAGAGCGGCUGCGAGAAACGGACGCCAACCUGGGCAAGAGCUCUCGCAUCCUCACCGGCAUGCUGAGAAGGUAAGCGGCAGGAUCAUCCAGAAUCGCGUGCUGGUCUUCGUCCUGGGAGCCUUCAUCGUUCUCACCAUCAUCCUGGCCAUCUAUUUCAAUCUGCGGGGCCGCUGAUCUUCCAAACACACACACACACACACACACACACACACACAUGAUUAAUAGCGACAAAAAGCGUUGUUGGACUGUAAUUAGGACAAAUGGUCACCAUGAAUCAAGCUUUUCCAACGGCUGACAAGGACUUUUUUUUUUUAACCCUCCUCCCCCUCGUCGUCUUGCGUAUUGUUGUCUUUUCUCCUCUGUCAUGGUCCAGCGUCCUUCUCCAGGGACAGAACUCGAUUCAUAGUGUUGAUCUCAGCCCCUUUCGUUGUGCACAUUUUCACACAAGGGAGGACAAAAAGUGGGAUCCGCGGGAACUUAUUUCAGAUCGCCGUCCUCACGCUUCAAUUUUUAAAAUGAACCGGGAGAUCAAUGACGGGUUGUUAGUCAGAAAUGGUGAUCUCACGUCAAUGAUUGGUUUCAUUUCAAUGUAUGGUACAGACACGUUCCCCUCUCAUUCUUCUCUGCUCGACUCAACUUUCUACACUGUGCGCUAAUGUCGGAAUGUACUUCAUGUAUAGCUUGGAGAUGUUUAUGAAAUUGAUUCUGCUAUUUAUUUAUAAAGGCGUCUUUUUGUGCUCAAA